UGCGCGCUCGCUACGCUGCUUCAGCCUCGGCGCAGUUGACGGUCCUCCGACGGCGACGGCGCGGGGACCUGCGAGCGCGGAGAACGACCAGUCGCGCUUUCUUUUUUAUUUCGGUUCGCUUUUUUUCUCGUUUUAGUUUUUUCCUUCGCGCGGUGUCCGUCGGGUUUUCUUUGUUGCGAGUGGAGCGGAGACUGGUUAUACCGUUGGCGUGGUUGCGAGUCGUCUUCGGCGGCCGAGAACGCCACGCGACGGACUGCUGCUCUCCGCUGCUGAACGCGCUACCGCAUCAUCGCAACAGCUGCGGUUUCUCGGGCUCCUCAACGCGGCGGCCGCGAUGCCGUUCAUCGGUCGGGACUGGCGUUCUCCAGGCGAAGCCUGGGUCAAGACCGGAGAAGGCUGGGAAAAGAAGAAGAUCCUGGAGUUCUACUGUUGCGCCGACGAAAGUCUUGAUUCUUUGGAACAGCCUGCUGACUACGACCUUCCGCCGUCGUCUCCACCAAACCUAGGGGGCGGAGACGCAGGAAGCGGCGACGAGUGCCUGGACAACUACGCCAAGCAGCGGCGGCUUUCUCAGCAGCCCUAUUGCCAGAUCACACUAAAGUGCACACGAGAGGUUGCUGGCUACAACACCAUCAGUGAAGCAUUCCGUAGGCUAGACUUUCGCAAUGGCAUCAAAGAUGUACGGCGGUUCAACUACAUCUGCAAGCUGCUGCACCUGUUGAUCACAGAAAACCUGACCACGCUGAGCGGAUGUGCAAGUCGGGUGCUGUUCACCAUGCUUGAGGAAGUGGCGUCGCAAGUUGCUGACAGUCGUCAGAACACUCACAUUCUCCAGCUUCUCCUGGAAGACCUCGAGCGGACGCUGCGCAAGUACCACUGCUGGGGUCGGCCCCUGGGCUCGAGCCAGCUGUGGGAGCAGCACCUGCAGACCCUGCAGCGCAUCUGGAACGUGCAGCGGCACAUUGACCUCUCCAACCCUAAGCCUGACGACGCCACGCCCCAGUUUCCCCAUCUGCCUCCCGAACUGCUCAGGGAAGUUCUGCUACGUCUGGCCGACUACAGGGACCUGGCCAGCAGCGGAGAGGCGCACCCGGUGUUGGCGGCGCUGCUGCAGGAAGAGCACGUGUGGCGGCGGCUGUGCCUCUUCCACUUCGGUCCCCAGCUGGUGGAGCAGUGGCUGCAGCAGCCGCCGGAGAAGCUCGACGGCGCCCCCGGUUGGCAGCGCCUGUUCCACCGCCUCCGCAAGAAGCACGGCCUCCGCGAGGAGUACGCAGACAGCCUGCUGCUCUGCCGCUAUUGUCGGUGCCUCUUCUGGAAGUCCUUUGGCCACCCCUGCCUCAACUCUUCGCGAGAGGAGACUGCGGAGGAAGGCAACAAUGGUGCUGUGACGCCAACAAGCAUCCUGCCCAUGUGCAUUCCCGUCACCCCUCAGGCGUUUCUCCAGUUCUUCUCGCUGUGAAAGGUGGUGGUCUGCCAGUGCCAACGUUGUUCCAGAACCAGAGCUGUCGCCGUUCCCGAAAAUGGUGCUGGCUCCUGACGACGCAAAUGCCGCCACGGCGUCGGCACGUCUUGUUUCCCUCCUGUCCACUUUGAAAAGGCAGCCUACUCAAUCUUGUUGUCUUUACAUUUUCUGGCUCUUGUCUUGUCAGCACUUUUGGUCAGAGUGCAUUGCGUGCCCGCGGAAGGGGCAUGUCAGGUUUUUGUCAAGUUGGAAAACGGAGUCGUUCUUGCCACGGUUGUCAUUCGGACGGCAUCAUUACCUGGCCUCUAUUUGCAGGCUCAGAGCUGGCGUUGUUCUUUUGCGGUGUUUGGUUAUAACGCAGUUUAAAUGUUGCCUAGCGCGGUGCGGUUGUACCAGGCUGUACUGUUGUUGCAUAUCAGUAAUUUUCUCAUUCUCACGUGAAAUCGCUGGCUUUAACGCUAUGUGGCUGGUGACUUUCUGUUGACAACACGUGAAUUUAUCGUUAUUAAGAAGACUGUAACUUUUAGUGCAUUAUACUGAAAGGAAGUGCACCUUAAAAUAGUUACGAUUACUUUUGCGGGGUAAAAAUGACAAAAGUGCAAUAUCCAGAGUCUAUAUCGUAGCCAUAUGGUCUUCGUAAUAUGCAAGACAUUGUCAUUUAGAGGGAAACAGCCUCAUUUUCGAAAGACUCAUUGGUUAAAUACGUUACCGAGACAUUAGCCAGUUAAAUUAGUCUCACAACUCCUUCAGAAUUGAUGGCAGCUAGGACUGUAUUCUCAGCCUGUCGCUUUUGGGUAUUUCACUCCCAGUGCACGUACCACUGGAUAAGCCAGCAGGCAGGAUGCCUGUCCCUCCAAAUGAGGUGUUGCAUUGGACGUUAACGUUAUGGAAAUGUGAAUGUGUUCCCGAGAGUAAUUUAUCAAGAAUAUACCCAGUGUUUUUUUUUUUUUUUUUUUCCAUUUUAAUAUCUGGUUAGCUAAAGCUUGUUGCUGGGUGGGUUGGUCAUAUAGUCUGUUGUUGAGUUACUGGAGCCAAGGACACGUAGAGCAACACUCGUAUUCAGUGUUCUCAUCUACAUGUCAUGUCUUUUGAUUGCAUCAAUACUUGCCAAGUAAUCUACAGUCGAACUGCCUUUAUAACGAAGUGCUCGGGGCCUCCUAAAUCAUUUGUUAAACAGGUCACUUUGUUGUAAAGGUCGCGCACCGCACAGCUCACAACAGAACCGGGACAGAAUUAUUCCUUCGUUAUACAGGUCCUUAAGUUGUAGAGGCGCUCGACUGUACCUGCUUUGUAGGACGGUACACCUAAUAACAAUUCAGACAUUUCCCUGUGGGCCAACGUAACAUUCCUUUAAGAAGUUGUAGCUUGUGGUAUGGGUAGUGUUUUGAACGUUCGCGAGUUGUGAUAUCCAUACUGGUCAGUAACUGCAAUAUUGAACGGCAUUCCUCCUUGAAAGUCUAGAUGAGGAUCUAGGUUAAUUCCUAGACGUUAGAGAAAUUUGCAUAUAGUGCAGCUGUGCUUUCAGUGUGCAAGAUCAAUAACGUUUUAACGAAAUGGUUCGUUCCAGAAAAUGGGAAACAUCGGCAUGUGACGACCACAUUUUGUGUGCGUGCUUUUUGUAAUUUUUUUUUUUUAGACACUAUUACUCGUGAUGUUCAAUCACUAAGAAGCAGUGCGCUUCAUUUUUCAUUGUUUCAGUCAUCGCCUGCCGUGAAAAGGGAAGAAGUUUCGUUAAGUGUUGAAAAUUCUAUGUUUUCUUUCUCCUAGUCUGUUAUGGAACAUGCCUGCAGCUCUUACUGGUGCAUAUCAAGGCUGCUACUAGAGUGAACACAGCCAAAGAAAAACAGUUAAAAACGAAGAGUGCAACAAUGUGCGUUGACAUGUGAUCUCGGCGGAAACACUGGCAUCUGACUGCCGCAUGUCUGUGCUGUGGUGGAGAGGUUACGUUGGAAUCUUCUCCCAGCAUUGGGGAAAUUGGGAGCCAGUGGAAUGGAAUGGAAUCGUGGCAAGAGCGCCGCCUGAAACUUGUUUCCAACUUAGGCCCCUGUUAUGAUCACCGGUGCUUUAGAGUUUGUACAUAUGUAUGUAGGAAGGUAUAUGAGCUAUAUUUUCUAUACAGAUAUCUUAUUUCAGUAUUUAAAAGGCAUAAAAAAAAUAAUGAACUUAAAAAAAUAUAUAUUUAUAUGUUUGUCUGCAAGCUGACAGUGUUCGUCGGAGGAAAGAAGGGAAUGAACACAUCAGCACUGUGGGAAGCGAGCUGUUGAAUGUUGAAGAGUUUGUGUGAAAUGUAAAGUGUUGAGGAAACCUGCAUUCCGCACCUGCCCCUCCCCCCCCCCCCCCUUUUUUUUUUGUUAGUCGCUUCUCUUAGCUCUCUGCGCUUCACUCACAAAGGGAAAGAGCAGCUUGCGAUAAAGGCAGUCCACUUUAAUUUUGGUACACUUUGCAUUGUAUGUUGCGGACAAAAUGGCGGUGUGUAAGAAUUGAUGUGUAGUAGUAGCAGUAGCUGCACGGCUGUGUGCUGAAAAUAGAGCGAUGUGGUCCUCGGCUUUCAAUAUUUGUCACAUGAACGUUCGCUCUGCAUAUCCUGAAACAAUGCUAGGGCCCUAGGAACAGAAACUGCUAGCGAUGAAUCUUCCGUGUUUCAAGUGUGGCAGAUGAGUUGUGUUUUGUGGCAUUGGCAUCUUUCCACACACCUGUGCAGUGCAUUGACACAACUUCAGCCAGCAUUUACAGCUAGAGUCCCAGUAAAGGGAGAGCUGCACAUUAUGGUGUUCCCUAUCACAGUGUACCACACUGUACAAACAAACGUAAGCGUGUGCGAAACGUACUAGAGGACACAGAUGGUUAUCGAGGCACACAAAGACACAUACUUGCAAAGACCUCGCCAAGAGUCUGUGUCUUCAAGCACAUCCAUGCUUAGCAUGAAUUACCAACUUGGCCGUAGAAGCAGCACUCUUACCCCUUUGCGGUCAUGAGCAUUUACCCAAUUUGUGGUCGUAGAAAAAGCUCUUGGGUAAAUAAAUGCAUGCCAAAUGAUCUAUUUCAGUAAAAUUUAUGGAUUGCUGAGGCUCUCAACAGUACUUGUGCACUGUCUGGUAGCGCUCGAAGGACUCCCCUGGGUGGAGGCCAGGAUUUGCACUGCAGGUCUCUAGGGUCCUCAUAGUUGCUUUCUUCUAAAGUGCUCUCAUCCGAGGACAUUUUAUGACCAACUGAAGGCGAAAUAUAUUCAUCCUCGGGGCUAAAAUCAUCACCUGAUUCAUUGAAUACAUGCAAAUUUUGCCCACAAGAUGUAUGUGGUGAAAACGUCAUAAUUCUAUCAAUGCCUCACGCCACAAAUCGUGCAAAAUCCCUUCAAGCUUGGAGAAAGGUAAAAUAAGCGCUGCCUUCAUCUGAUGACAUUGCGAAGUGCAAAACUAGUCGAAAAAGUUCCCGAAAGCCAGUGCUACCAAUCCAAAUAACCGACAAACAUGACCACAUGCGCACGUUGGGUGCUUUCUGACGUCUGACCGAAACCAAUAUUUUUGCUUGGUGGGAAGGGCCCAACACAUGAUCGCAAAGGGUUAAAUGUGAUUGUGAAGAAGAUUGAAGAACAUUAAAAUCGGUAAGAAAAUAUUGAAAAUAUAAGUCAUGAUGAAACUACCAUCAACAGAAUAAUGACUGUUAGCAAUGAAUUUUUUGUUUGAAAAUUGCAUUAUUCACAGUCUGUAAACACAUGACAACAUGAGGCAAAAUAAAGGACACUGAAAUGCCUGCGCAGAAGGGUACGGAUAUUUUUAGUCUAGGCAUCAGAGGAAAAGCCAUUAUGGUUACAUAUCUUCAAUGUUGGCUAGUGAGGCAGUUAUAACAGCUGGACAGUUGCAGGUCAUGUAUUUUCUACAAGACCAUGUGUACAUCCUUAAAAAAAAUGUAAUGCGAAACAGCAGGUGCCAGUUCACUGCAAUGAACUACUACAUGUAUGAGGACGAGAAUGUACGAAAUGUGUUUUGUCUCUCACAAUACGUUCCUUAAAGGACCCCCUCACCAAACGGAAAAAUGUGGUUAUGCACUCCUAGUUUUUAAAGCGCCAUCCAGGAAUCGUUCUGCUGCAAACAUUUAAAAAAAAAAAUGUUUACUAUAGCAGAGAUAGAAGCAAAUGAAAUAUUCUAGGGUGGUGGUGCGAGGAGGUUAACUACCUCUCCCCCCCCUCCAGCAGAGGCUCUCCAACUUUGCCUCGACCAGUCCACACAAGCGACAUUCCUUCCUUGCCUUCAGCCAUAUCAAAGCCAAAGGCUCACAAAACGUUUACGUCAUGGUCCCUGCCCCAUUUGUUUUCUUCAUCUCCCUUCAUUUCUUUUGCUGCGUAGCGCAUUUUCGGUAGUGGUCUUGCGCGCCCUGCUAUUCAUGGGGAUUCCCAAGCUGGUUGUGUAGCUCCUGGAUAUUUGUUUGCCGCAGGUGGUGCAUGUGAUAAGGAAGCAGCUGCCUGCUACAUCACUGCUGGUAGGGGGCGUUGCACCUCUGAGAUAAAGAACGGACGUGGGCUUAUGAUUGAAUGUUUGGCUCUAUUUGCAGCGUACAUUCGUGUGGUACUUGGCAGAAACAAUCGCCACCAUGCGACCUACGCACUGUUAGAGUUUCCUACAAAAGUUGCUAGACGCAACUGUUGCAGUGAUUGUUUAGAUGGCGCAGGAAUAGUGGGUUUGUCUAAUUUUCGUGCUGGUGGUUUCAUACGCUUUUGUGGCAUUAUUUCUUAUGCUUUCUUUAUCCUUCUAAGUUUCCAAGAAACCCUUUUUUUUUUCUAAACACAUGAAGGCAAUAAGUUUCUGUACCUAUGCAUAAUCAUUACAAAUUGUCGGAUUUAUAACGGCAUAUUUUGUCGAAAAUGAUGAAUUUGCAAAGUCGCAAAGCCAUUUGAAACCAUUAGGACAAAGUCGUGCAAAUACAUUUUUUACCCAUCAUUCCUGUGUUUGCAUCAUGUGUUUGCAGUGACCAAACCUGGUGAGGGGCCCUUUGGGUGGUAUGGCUAACUAAAUGCUUGAAACACACUGCACAAAAUGGUAGUGCCUCAGUCCCACAGUGCAGUAUGACAUUGUUUUCUCCUACUGGCUUCUAGCGUAUGUUUUUAAGGUCCCUGUAAGGCCUUGCUGUGAUUCCUCGAUGGACCAUCAGAAACUAGCCGACUUUCACUUCUUCGUCAAGCUGACGGUGCAGGGUUGCCAAUCUUUACUCCUAACUUCUUGUUGUGUUUUACUGUGUUGCUUUGCACCUUGUUAGUAGCACUUUUAUUCAACACAAGUGCGGUCUCGGGAUUUGUUACUUUGCGGAAGCGUAGUCUUCCCUUCUUCUCACUGUAGAUCGCAGUGAAAUAUGAUCGAAGACAAAGGUUUAAAACUUUUAACCACAGGCUGUAGUUUUGGCGUUUUCUUGGCUCAAGAAGACAACGGAAAGCCUUGGAAUGGUUUUGCACCAAACUGUGUGUACACAGCAGAAGCUGCUGUUGUGCUAACCUUACUUCUUGUUGCAAAGCAAAUUCCAUUCCCGCGAAUUCGACUGGGGAGGCCAGUCAAGCGUAGUCCUGGCAUGUUGGAUACAUGGAGCUUUGCAAAAUGUCACAAGAGUUCGUAAAGCGGUGCAAUGCGAAGGUCACAAUUUUAGAAAUACGGAAUUAUAAUGUGGUGUAUCUGUGCUCGAUACUAGCAGCUUGGCCAUCAAGUUGGCAACUACCGUUUGCAAGUUAACAAAUUGCUUGAAAUUUGUGCCCUCAUGUGACUAGAGCAGUAAACAAAGGUGAUAAUUUGCUCGGAGUUGUGAGAGAGAUACUUCUGGUAGGUGUGUGAUAUACAGCAGGUGAUUCGUAGGACGAUGCUUCGACUAUCUUUGUUUCCUUGGGGCUUCGACCAUGCUUUACCCUCUCAGUCCGUCAACAGUGCGGCCAGACAACUCUCUUGUCCCAAGUCAACUUAUACAGUUGUCUAGUCAAAGUGGCACAUCGAAUGUCCUUUUAAUGACAACGUAACUCUUUCCCACCACAUAGAUGAGCCUGCACCCAAAUAAAAGCUUUCAUUUUUUUUUUUUUUUUUUUUCUAUCAGGGAAAAUGAGCACAGUGUGGAGAUGGCUGAUGCUUCGUGUAAACAACCAAAUAUUGUCAAGCUGGUUUCAGAUUUUUUAAAGUUUAGACAGCUUUCUGUGAAUGUUUUUUAUUGUUGUUUGUUGUUGAAUGUGCAAAGAUGAAGUGGUACGUACCCGUGUGAACAAGGGGUGUAAUGUUCUUGUGCAGCUUGAUCUGUAAUAUCACUAUCUCAUUUUGGUUUGAUGUUAGAGGUGAAAUUAGGUGCGUACGUGUUAUUAUUGUCCAACAUGUUUUAGAUUUAGUCUUUCUUAUUUUUAGUCCCUAUAGGUCUUAAAGUAUACUCAUUGCCUGCAUACAUGGCUGUCAUUUUUGUUUGUACAGUGUUUACAGUUAAUUCUAGUUGACUAAUACGUCUAUAGAAUAGUUCAUAUAAUUUACACGUUAAGGCAGCUUUUCUGCCUUUUCAGCUCUUGAGAGUGGAGCGGAUAUCAAAAGCAGUUUUCUACAAAUGAUUGUUUUAUCAAAUGUGCAAUUAUCUGCUGCUGUGACUUGUCUGCUGAAGUUUUUUGCCCUCGAAUCCGUCUUUAUGCUCUGUAAUCAAGUUGGAUAUGGUCUAUACAUAACUUAUGUUUCUAUGUGUAAAAUAUAAACUAAUCCCAUACUGCCUUGCUGAUGUGUGCUUGUAUGUUGCCAGCUUACUACUAGGUGUGAUGCAGUGCCUAUGUGUACAGACAAAAAAUGCAUACAUUGUACAGUUUAGAUCAUGUUUCUUUUUGCUUUCUUUUUCAUGAAUACUUUUUUUUUUUCUCCCAAAUAUAUUUCUCGGAAAUGUCUGUCGACCUCUAAAGUUACUUCGACAAGUCAUAUGUAUGUGAUCCAAGCUGGUAAAUGCAUAUAUAUAUACUCAAAAAUAUAUUUUGCUUUAUGGUAUUAUAUGUUUUAAAAAAUAAAGCGUACGUCUCUACCUUCAAA